AUGAUUCAAGGUAAUUCAUUAUCAUUUGUUGUUUUUACUAACAAAGAAUUACGAAUUUAUUCAACAUUUCGUUAUUUAGCUUAUUUAGCUAUCGUUGAUUUAUGUGUACUCUAUUGUGGACUUGGUCAUAUUAUUUUACGAGAUUAUUUUAAAUUUGAUAUUCGAACAUCUCAUUUAGUUCUAUGUAAAUUACAUACAUUUUUUACGUAUAUUACUACACAAUUAUCAAGUUGGGUUUUAGCAUUAGUUUCAAUUGAUCGAGCCGUUGCUUGUACAAUUAUGCAAAAACAUUUUUGUAAAGCACAAUCGGCUGAUCGUAUAUUUGCCGGUAUGUGUUUAGCUGUAUCAAUAAUUAAUAGUCAUAUUUUAUUUUUUAUGGGUAAACAACGUACAAUAUAUGCCCAACGAUUAACAAAUUCAUCCUCAUUAGUUCUUACCACACUUCAAACAACAGGACGAUACACUCCAACUGUAAGCCGAAUAAAGAAUAAAUCAGUGUCAUUUAUACAUUAUCAUCAGCAACAUCAAUUCAAACAAUCGAUUACAACAACUUCUUCAAUUAUUAAAAAAUCGUCGUCCAUUGUAACAAAUAUAUUUUCAAAUUCAAUAAUUGCUAGUCGAAAAUUAGAAUCAAUUAUUGAUAAUUCUAAAACAAAUCAAAUUAUUCAUAAUUCAUCACCAAUUGAAUAUAAACGAAUUAUUGACUGUACACAUAAUACUAGCAAUAUUUAUUUUAAAUUUUUUGAAAAACCUUAUAAUGUUAUUGAUCUUUUUAGUUAUGUACUUAUACCAUUUAUUAUAAUGACAAUUUGUAGUAUUAUUAUUGCUUAUCGUUUAUUUUAUUCUCUAAGAAAUACAACAUUAAAAGGUAAAACACGUCAAUCAACGAGACGAGCACGACAAAUAUCUUAUAUGUUAUUGACAUUAAAUCUUGUUUUUGUUUUAUUACUUGCCCCCGUUGUACUAGCACAAGUCUUUCAAGAUCUUCAUCAAGAAUAUCGUUAUCGUUUAUUUAAUUCAAUUACACUUGUAUUAUCAUAUUCAAAUCAUGCACUUAAUUUUAUUUUGUAUGGCAUAUCAUCACCUCAAUUUCGUUUAACUUUUAAACAAUUAUUAGGAAUUCAUUCGAUUCAAUAUCAUCAUAAUGGUCCUGCAGGCUUUUAUACAUCAACAGCUUUUUAA